GAGUUUCACAGCCCGCCUUAAAGCCUCGUUCCCUCGUGAAGCUCUUCUGCUGCUCUUCGCCAAUUGAACCCUUGCCCUCUUGCUGUCCGUUCUCAAGAAGCAGUGAGUGUCAAUUCGCUGAAGGAUUACCCCUAUUCAUCAGAACUCUCGUUAUCCUCACGAUGCGCGUCAAUUUGAGCUUCGUCGCAUUGCUGGCGGCGUCUACAAGCCUCCAUAGCGUGUCUGCUGGACCUCUGCUAGCUAAGAGAGCAUCUAGUACCACGGAGUCUUCUACUGCUCCUUCAGUUGCUCUUGCUGUCAGUACUUUGAGCGAUGGUACACCAACGACCUUCGAAGCAGCAUUGCCGACCAGGGCAGACUCCUCGGAAUCCGCAGAAGCCACCGCUGCCGCAUCUACUACCACCGCAGAAGAAACCCAGACUCCAACAAGUGCUGUCGCCAGCAGCACUGUCUCCCCUAUCAACCCUAGCCAUGACUUCCCAGUCUGCCACGAUACAAGUGCAGCUCCGUUCUGUCUGCCGAACAACGAAUCGACCCUCUACGUCGGCAACACGUACUACGUAACAUGGAACCCCGACUACUUCCCCAUCAACAGCACCGUGACCAUCAAGCUCAACUACGCCAACAUGACCGCAGAGCAAGCCUGGAGCUCCGACACCGUCGACAACAGCUGGGGCGUCACAACCAUCACCAUGGACAAGGCCUGGAUGCAGGGCUACUCCGAGUACAACCUGACCUUCUACGCGCUCAUGUUCCAGUCCGACCUUCCGGAGCAGACCGCGAUCCCGUACGACGGCCCUACGAUCACGCUCAUGAACAAGCCUGCUUAUCACUAUACGCCACCGGCGCACACCAAAGCGCCGAAUAAGCUAGGCUUGAUCAUCGGGCUGCCGGUUAGUCUGGGCUUUGUGGCGAUCGUGGUGAUCGGGUUGUGCAUUGGCAUGCGGAAGCACCGGUCGAUUGGGAUUGGGAAUAUCAUGGGCAAGCGUGCUGGAUACGGCACGGGGAAGUCCAAGAGGCAGCGUAUGGGCUUGGGCAAGAAGGGCGCGAUCAAGCUAGAGGAGAGAGAUCUGUCCGGAGGGCCGCAGUACCGCGAUCAGGUGGUGUCGCCGCCGCCCACCAGGCCUCGUGGCCAUUUCAGGGAGGACAGCUUGGGGAGCUUGGUCAGCGAGGAUGGGAUUGCGCCUUCUGGGAAUGCGUUCAGGCAGGAGAUGGACAGGCAGAAGACUGGGCGCUGAUUGUAGAUUCAUGAUGUUUGAGUAUGGAGUGAUGUUGAUGUUUUCGAGCUUUUGGAGCGAUUAUGCGUUAAAGAUGGAUGAGCGCUUGCGUAGAAGCCGCACCGUCGUGCUAGUUAUGAGUGUAUGUAAUGGGCAGCUAGUAUUAUGAUGCAUAAAGCAAUGAUAUCUUCCAACCAAGA